CUCAAGAUUGCAUGUAAAACGCAACAUGUCUGAUCAUAAAAAAGUUAGGAUUGUGUUUCGUUUUAAAUUAGCAGUUUGUAUUUUACUCGUAUUACUGUUCAUGGUAGAAAUUAACUGUAGGAAUAUAAAAAGACUGAAAAGAGAGGUCGACAAAACAGAUGAAGACGAUUCCAAAUCAGAAACUAGGAGAUCUUCAACAGAAAAUCAAACGGAACGGAAUAUUAUGUAUAAGAAAUAUUUAGAAGAUCCUCUGUUGUUGGAUUAUGGACGCUACACUCCUCAAAGUUUCCAUUAUGUGAAUUUUCAAGACCAUUUGUCAAAUCGCACAGAAGCGUACGAUAAGUGUAUUGAUCAAUAUAUCAGAUGCGUAGCAAGUAUUGAAGCGCCUACACCCGUGUGUGUAUAUAAUUUCAAGAGCGCAUAUAAAGCAGACGAAGAUCGAUAUACAGCUGUCGAAAGCUACUGCGAUGCCUAUUUGGAAAACUGCAGGGUCGGAUACCGAUAUUAUCGUGUUGUGGCAUACGGAGAAUGUGAGUUCACUGACUUAUGGUCAAAUAUCAAGAAUUUUUUUAGUUUUAAACCGUACAAGCAACAGCAAAUCAAAAUUAUUGAUUCAUCAUCAGCAUGAUUUUUUUUCAACAUUUUUUAUUAAUAUAAUGGAUUUUGGAAUCGACAUACACAAAGCAACGUUAACUAGUAUACACCAACACAUCGACACAACUAUCGCUGCACAAUAUCCCUGUGUGGGUAUUCCGUAGUAAUGUGCAUAAAAACGUUUGUCCAUUACGCAUACAUUGGUAUAUACUAUAAUUUUUGUGUCGGUAUACGUAUUUUUAUAAUUUAACCCUAGAAAGAUAAUCAUAUUGUGUAGUACGGAAAAGAUACUCAUGCGUAAAAUUUACGCAUGUGUUUUAUUUAGCUGUAGGUUAUUGUUUAUUAACUUAUUUCAAUAAAAUUGUAUGUUAUAUCUAUUGACACAUAUAUAAGAAUAAUUUAAACUGCAGAUAAUAUAUUUAUAAAUAUGUUUUUAAUAAAAAAUAACCAAACUUAUAAACUGCAGUCAUAAAUCAAAUAAACUUUUUAACAUUUACUUUUACUACUAUAAAUUAUUUUUAACCAUGAUAAUCAGCCUUUUUUUCACAUAAUCAACAAUAACAAUAUCCUAUACAUAUUAUAGGAACAUAGAAUUCUAUAAAAAUCAGUUACAAACAGUUUUGGCACAUUACAAGACGCAUUUGCCCUUCGCCUUAUUUUAGAAGGGCAAAAAGUACAGUAAAAUUCCUUUUUUUCUAUAGGUUCUUCAGUACUUUCUUCUGUGUACUUCUAAGUCAUCUAUAAAAGCUACUUUUGUGUCGCUCUGCACGUCAUCUUCACUCUCAUGGUCACCUACUUCACUAUCGGUAUCCUCACAGGGAAGCUCGUCGUCACUUUGCAUGAGACUGGCCAGGAUACGGUCUUCGUCCAAAUAACUACUUCCCAUUGUUGCACCAAUAUCUAUAAAAUAAACUGUUAAUGUUAGUAAUGAUAUACAAUUACAAUAACAUCAAAAAAAAUAAAAAAAUAUUAUACUAAUCGAAAUCAUAAAAGUCACGUAAAAGAUAAUCAUGCGUAAUUUUAACGCAUGGGGUCGUUAUAUCUUAAAAUCGGUUAUACUUACCUUACUGACAAUUGCGUCAUAUGGAAGCUCCCAGCGACGAAUGAGAUGUCCUAAACGCACAUCUAUGGAUUCCCACUAUUAAGAAAGAUAGAGCUAUAUUUCGCAAACGCAUGCGUAAUUUUUACGCAGACUAUCUUUCUAGGGUUAA